UCAUUCACUUCUGUCAACAAUUAUCGUUAUUUGUUGGGCUCAUGGGGCUUCAUGGAGAUGUUGCUACCUCCUUAGUCCUCCUACAUGUACCUCUUACCUUGUUGUAUUCAGGUACCUGUAUGCUAAGCAGAUCUCUUGGCCCUUGGCGCCCUUGACUCCCACCUGAGAGUCAACCUUGUGUCAACCACUUCUCUCUGUCUUAGUAUACAUAUAUGCUUUCCCCUUCCACACUGCGCACGAACCAUGGGAUCCCAAAGGACUAACUCGUUCACACACAUGGGUUCCAUUACCAGUCACGAGCAGGCACCCUCGAACUGCAACAAGACCACGAUUUCGAACCAGUUGUGACUCUGAUUAUUAGCCAUGGCAACAAGAACUGAUCCCCCCGAGGCUGAAUAGCUAUACACAUGGACUGCCAUUUAAAUCGAGUCUCAGCUCUCCGUUCCUUCGCCCCUAGAUCAUGCGGAUAGCGAAUUGCCAAUUGAUCACACGAACUAAGGCACAUUGCAGGUUUGGAGUCGUUAUUAACAAGAAGUCGCAUGAGAUCCAGCUGGAAUCCAGAGAGACAGAGGGAGUUCAUGUUAGUGCUGUUUCUACAUAGCCCACGGAGUAAUUGGUCGAUUAAGCGAGGAAAACGGCUGUACAACGUUGUACCCAAUCUGAGAGUCAGACUACCUAGACCAGCAUUUGCUCGAAUAAUGAACACACUCGACCUUCACGCUCAAGACGAUGGGUGGUCUAUUCUCUCCCGCUACCUUCGGCCUUACGGUUACCCACUUCUCAGCCAAGGUCCGUGUUGCUGCUUGCGCGCGAGCGAUGCACAGUGCCGCCGCGGGAUGGAUCCUAUCGAUGAAGAAUGUCUUUCAGGAUAUCGACCUUCGAGAUACUAUCCAGUCAAGCCAGGCGAUAUUAUCAAUUAGUCGUAUGCCGUGAAGGUCCAGCUUGGUUUCGGCAGGAGCUCAACUAUAUGGUUCUGCACUGAUCAGGACCAGAAAUUCAAGGCGCUGAAGAUUUCCACCGCUAGCGAUGGGAAAAUGGAGGACCGACAAGACGGUUCCGAGUGUCAAUCUCGAGGACCGAGGCCAAUAUUCUGCUACCACUUCCUCCUCCUCCUCCUCCUCCUCCUCCUCCUCCUCCUCCUCCUCCACGUCCGACAUACCGCUGUUCUUCGACUUUGUCAGAUCCAUGCUGAGUUGGAAUCCGGAUAAGAGGCCGACUGCAUCCUAACUACGGCAACAUUCAUGGCUUCGCACCGUCGAUUGACUUGGCUCUCCUCUAGAAUCAGACGAAAAAGCAUGAAUGACUCCCGUAAUAACCCCCGUAGUUGCACUGUAGCCUCAUAUGAAGAUGUAUAGAUAGAUACUUCUAUGCCUAGGGCUCGCAGGCUACCUACUACAUAACAAUACAGUACCUAGUACCAC